AAUUUUCUUCCUCAUUCCCAUUGAGAGUUUUGAUAUUAUUUUAUAAAACAGAUUUAAAAUAGAUUUUACGAAAUAUUUUUGAAUAUUUAACACUCUCGUAUUUAGAUGAUUUUACAGAAGUGAAAGUAUUAAUGGUGUAUUCAUGAGAAAAUUAUGAACUAAUCAACAAUAUGUCAUUAUCAAGAAGAGAUAGUAACCUUGGAGGGCCCAAAAGGGCCUCAUCUACAACAUUCUUCUAUGGACGUAUUACUCGUGAAGAGGCCGAGAAUAUUUUGAAGAUGAAGGGAAUGCAGGAUGGUCUUUUUUUAUUACGAGAGAGCAUCAGUCCAUUAGGAAAUUAUGCAGUCAGUAUUUGUAAUAAUGGAGGUAUCCAUCAUUAUAUUAUUGAGAAAAAAUCAGACGGUCAGUUCAUGAUACCACAAGGCAGAAAAUUCCCUGGUCCAGUUGAACUUAUUGAACAUUAUAAGAAUAAUUUAGAUGGCUUUGUCACAGCACCUACAAUACCAUGUGAACGAGAUGCAGAUCAACAGGCCAUAGCUUUUCGUGGAAUGACCUAUAGUGACUUGGAGAAAGAAAUGACAGUUAGAGCUAAAGCUAUAAAGAAUGUAGACAUGUCAAAAGCAUUUGGACCAAUGAGAGACCAUUUUAUGAAAAUGGUAGCAAGAGACUUACAUUUAAAACAGCCAUGGUUCCACGGUAAAUUAUCUCGCACAAAUGCUGAAUCAAGGAUCACCAAAGAUGGUACCGAACAGGGUAAAUUUAUGGUGAGGGCACGUGAUGAUAAAAAGACAUUUGCUUUGACAUUAUGCUAUCAAAAUUCAAUAAAACAUUACUUUAUAAAUAUCAACUCAGAAGAAAAGCUGUCUAUAGAAGAUGGACCAAAGUUUGAAUGUUUGAUAAUGUUGAUUGAUCAUUACCAUAAUAAACAAGAUGGUCUAGCCUGUAAAUUAACAGUACCAUGUAAAAACCCAAGUUUCAGUAAAGAAGAUAUGAUAAAAUAUAUGAGAACAUGUAAUGAAGCACUGUUUUCCAACCAAUCUCGUCAAUCGAUGUCAAGAGUUGUACCCAUUCCUCCUGAACGGGUAUUCCGUACUGCUUCCAUGAGAUCUCAGAUGCCUGUACCACCUAUUCCAUCCCCAGAAGUUAUAGACACUGAUGAUCCUGCUGGUGCAGAUGAAGCAGCACCAGAUAUCAAAGAUGUGAAUUCCGAAAGUCUAGAAAGUGAAUACAUGCAAGUACGACGUAGAGAAAAACGAUUUGAAUUGGAACCUCAUAGACUUACAUUACAGGAUGACCUAGGAUCUGGUCAGUUUGGGUCAGUAGUUAAAGGUUUAUGCCGAAUGGAUUCUAAAGAUAUUCCUGUAGCUAUUAAAACAUUGAAAAAUGAGGAAUUAGUUCCUGGUGUUGAGCCAGAGCUUUUUAAAGAAGCUAAAGUGAUGCAGGAAUUUGAUCAUAAGAAUAUCGUUAGAUUGAUUGGUAUUUGUAAAUCAGAUAGCAUUAUGCUUGUGUUAGAAUUAGCACCACUUGGACCUCUACACAAAUUUCUUCCAAGGAAUAAAGAUAUGAAGGAGGUAGAGAUUAUCAGAUUGAUGUUACAAGUGGCGAAAGGAAUGGCUUAUCUAGAAAACAAGAAAUUUGUUCAUAGAGAUUUAGCAGCUCGAAAUGUAUUAUUAGUCGACAGAGCAUUUGCUAAAAUCAGUGAUUUUGGAAUGUCGAAAGCUUUAAGUCGAGACAAUAAUUACUAUGAGGCUGAGAAAGCAGGAAAAUGGCCCUUGAAAUGGUAUGCAAUGGAGUGUAUAUUUUACUGGAAGUUUGAUUCCAAAUCUGAUGUGUGGAGUUAUGGUGUUACAAUGUGGGAGGCACUAACUUAUGGCGGCAAGCCCUAUUAUAAAAUGAAAUGUCAAGAUAUUGUUGAAUUUCUACAAGCUGGAAAGAGAUUAAGGAAACCAGAUGGAUGUAGUGAAGCAGCAUAUAAUAUUAUGAUGUCUUGUUGGAAAGAAAAUAAACAUGAACGACCUACUUUUUCAGAAUUGGCAUCAAAAAUGGAAUUACUACAUCAAAAUUUAUUAUUGGGAUAAAAUCAUAUGUUUUAAGCUAUGUUCAACUAAAUUACUCACUACUGAAAUAGUAGCAUUUUUUAAAUCUUUUAAUUUAUAGAAGACUGCUAUCAAAUAGAGGGUAUAUAGAAUGCCACGCCCAGGAUAAGAAUACAGAUUUCCAAGGGAAUUCUGUAUGUAAAUGAGAUUUAAUUUUGAUCUGUUAUGAUUUAAAAUAAAUAUUGUUUGUCAGAAAUACGAUCCACUUAAAAUUGAGAAGGCAGCUCUUGUAAAAACAUUCUGUAGUAAUUAUUUUCCCUUGAAGUACAGUUGAAAUUUAAUCUGUAAAAUUGUAAUCUCUCAUGUAGAUAUUAUUAUAGUAUUAGACAUACAAUAUGAAAUUACUUAUACAUCUAAAUUCUUUGAGGGUUUUUUUAUGAUAUGAAUUAUUUAUAUAAUAUACAAAAUAAUUAAUUGUAUUCUAGUUGUGAGUAUUGUGAUUUAAAAGUUUAUGGUUACCAUUUCUGUUUCUAAUUGGAACUGUGGUAUAUUAAACAAGAUAUGAUAUAGUAUAUCAUCAGUUAUGGAUUAUUUUUGGUUUGUGUUAUUUUUCGGCUGUAUAUAUAACAUUGCUUUAUUUACAUCGAAUUUAGAAUAUCAACCCUUAUUUGACAUAAAUUGAACUCUCCUUAUUUCCAAAAUAUCAUAGAAUUUACAUAACUUGAGUAAAAGUAUAAUUUAGCGUGAGAUUUCUUUGAACUCCUUGAAGACCUCUAAAACACUUGAAAACUUUUUAUCAGUGAUUGCUUUGAAGAUUAAAUACAAUCUGUACGAUAUAACUAUGAUUUCAAAUCUUAUCAAACCAAUAAAUAUUAUUUUACCUAUAGCUACAAACCUCCAAAGCACUGAUGCCUCUUUAAAUUCCAGGAAUAUUUUCUUAAUUGCUUUAAUCAGGAUUUUUGUGAAAUGUAAUUUUUUCUUGUAAUAUUAUUUUUAGAUGUGAACACUAUUUUGUACAUAUGUAAAAAAAAUAUUUUUGUACUUAAAAUUUCAAAUUCAUGUUUGUAUAUAAAAAUGUUUAUAAAAAUUGAAGUUUUAGGUAGUGUUCAUAUUAUUUAUUUUGCCAAUUAAUGCUAUUUCAGAGACAUUCCAGGUCAAAAUUAAAAAUGAAUGUAAGAAAGUAUAUAAUGCAGGACUACGUUUAUUGUAAAGCUAAAAGUCUGAUGGAAAUUAAUCUGAAUAUUGGAGCGGGUUUUCUUUUGAUAUUUGUUUAAUAUUUACAUUACAGCACUUACUUCAUGAAGAAGUGCCAAACUUAAAGGUCACCGGAAAAGCAUCAAUUUUUUUAAAAAUAAUGCAAGUAAUUAUGUCAACAUAUACUUUCCAUAAGUAUAGCCCGAACCCGAAUGUCAAUAUUACCUGCAACAGGUAAAUUUCAACAUUAGUAAUUUCUGCCGUUCUCCACGGGUAGUCGGAACUUUCCGUCAAUAAGCAAUCCGUGACGUCAUUUUAAUCCUUUUGCACAUAGAAAUAUAGACUAGAAUAUGAGCAGAAGGACUAAAAUGAUGUCACAGAUUGUUUAUUUACGGAAAGUUACGACUGCCCACGGAGAAUGGCGGAAAUUACUAAUGUUGAAAUUUACCUGUUGCUGGUAAUAAUGACAUUCGGAUUCGUGUUAUACUUAUGGAAAGGAUAUGUUGACAUAAUUACUUGCAUUAUUUAAAACAUUUAUGAACCUUUUCCGGUGACCUUUAAAAAAGAAUAGGCAACUUUUAAAAUUAGCUUGAUCUUCAUGUAGCAUUUGUUAAACUGCUCAUAGUAAACCAAUAAACAUGUAUAUCUCAGAAUAGGCAUGCCAUAUUCUUCUCAUAUUUUGCAUACAAUAUAUCUACAUUAUCACAUCAAAUCAAAAAUUAUUUUUGUACCAGUGCUGAAGAUUAUUAAAUUUAACUAUUUUUGAAUAUUUUUUUUGUUUUUGAAAUUUUGCAUAAUAAUUGUUGUUUUGUUUUAAAAUUUUGUUAAUUUUAUGAAAUGAUUUUUUGUUUUAGCUUAAAGUUACUCUUACGCAUGAUGUAUAUACUUAUUAAUUUUUUUGCUUAAAUAUGACAUAUGAAUUUUAUUUGUAUUAGAAAAAUUUCAUUCAAUCUUCUCUUUACAAGAUGCUUGAAACCACCAUGGCCCUGUUCUUAUUUUUAAUAAUAUAUCACCAUGUUAGUCCAAGAAAAUGACCACAGUGAAUAUGAAAUGAAACAAUAGAAAACCAGAGUGAUAGCAUAAAGGAAGUAAGAUCGUUUCAUCUUCUUCUUUGGGUUACUAAAUGGCACACCUUUAAACCACAUCUAGAAAAUAUUUUGGUUAUUUUUAGAACUAAAAUAAAAUUUAGAUUAAUCUUGAUAUAGAUAUUAAUUGACUACUUUACUCUUUCAUUUUGCAAUUUGUGUUUUAUUGUCAAAAAAACACCAAAUCAGACAUUUUUAGCCCCAAUAAAUCACCAAUUUUUGUUUUUUCAUAUUUUAAAACCGAUAUUGAUGGAUAGAUAGUUUGAUAUCAUGUCAUUCAAUAUUCAGUUAUUCUGCUGACGAUAAACAUGUUUUCUGAAUUGGUUUAAAUUAUACCAUUAGGACGCAAGAAAGGGUGUGUAGUAGAAAGAGACACUUAAGAAUUUUCUUAUUUACCUAAAUCUACCUACAUAUUAUUCUUUUCUGAGUUAGUUGUGUUCUAAUUGUUAUAUUAACUAUUUUACAUGUAACUUCGGAAUAUAAGUUAUGGUCUUUAUGAUUUUGAUGUAUUUACCGGUAUUUUUGUAAGGUCUUUGCUCAAUCUGUUUUUCAUAAUGUUUAAAUUUGUAUUUAGAUUUUAUUACUUUCUAUUUAGAUGUCGAUUGGCAUAAAAAAAAACUUGGAUGGAAUUUAUUCUCAUCCAUGUCUAUGUGUAUAUACAUGAUAUAUCUGUGCUAUAUAAUGAAGCUUUUACCAGGUAAGGGAACUCAUAUUGUUAAUUUUGCAUUCUAAUGAAUAAGAAAUGAAUGAUAAUAGAUUCACUGUGUAUUCACAGAACAGUGUGUUUAUAGUAUUAAGUUUAGUUUGGUCUAGCAUAUACUAUUUGACCGAAAUAUUCUUUUUGUCCUAAUGGAUCAUGUUGGCCAAUACUUUGUCUAGAAUCUGUUCAUUAUAUAUUUAUUUUGUGUCCAUAUUUCAAAAAAUGGUUUAAAUGCUUUAAUGUUAAACUAACUAUUGUAUAUAUUAGUGAAGUGCCUUAUUAAUGACAUAUGUUAUUUGAUUAAGUUCAAAUAAAAAAAAUGUACCUUAAUUUUUAUGUAGUAAAAGUGACCCUAUGCUAUUAUUAUCAGCAGUUGACUUACAAUUUCAACACUAUAGAUACAAUGACUUGCAGUCAUAGCAUUCUCCAGUUACUAGUAGAGCAGUUGAUUUAUGACAAGAGUUAAAACAGUUACAACAACUCUUAUUUAUCUAUAUAAUUACAAUUGAUUUUAAAGUAGCUAAGUCUUUAAAAUCUCCGACAUGUUGUGAUCUUAUCCGAAAAGAUGGGCUUCUGAUAUCCAAUAAUUAAGACAAAAUAAACAUUUUACUAUUUGUACACAAAUCGUAAACCAUAUUGCGUUUCAGCGCCAUUUGUAACAAGGGACUCGAAGAAUGAGGCUAGAUAUUUUUCACAAGUCAUGUCAAACAGUGAGCCAUAUACUUAUCUGGAGAGCAUGCACAAUAAAUACUAUCGGUGUAGACUGGCAAAUGCUAGAGAUUGCCAUUCGGUGUAGUUUGCCGAACAUAACUGAUUAGAAAUUACAGUAAAAACAGAUACGAUUGAAUGUAAAUCAGUUUAUAUACAUUCAUAUUACAUUAUUAUAUGCUUUGCGACCCAUUCGUGUCAAUUUCUAGGUCCAAAAUAUUAGCGAUUUAGCUCCUUUAUAUCUUAUCUCUAUAAAUUACAAUUGACUUACAAUCUCAUAUCUGUAUAAUUACAAUUGACUUACAAUCAGAUCUCUAUAGUUACAGUUGACUUCUUAUCUCUAUAUAAUUACAACUGACUUACAAUCUUAUCUCUUUAAUUACAACUGACUUACAAUCUUAUCUCUAUAAUUACAACUGACUUACAAUCUUAUCUCUAUAGUUACUGUUGGCUUAAGUAUCACUAUAGUUACCGUCUUAUCUCUAUAAUUACAACUGACUUACAAUCUUAUCUCUAUAGUUACUGUUGGCUUAUAGAGUUAUAAUUUAGGUAUCACUAUAGUUAAAUUUGACUUACAAUCUUAUCUCUAUAGUUACAGUUGUCUUGCAAUCUUAUUUCUGUUGUUACUGUUGUUACAAAUGACUUACAAUCUUAUCCCUAUAUAGUUACAACUGAUGUUACAAGGAUUUGGGUUAGGGGGUCUGGCUACAUGUUAUUAUAUGUUAAAAUUAAUUACCUUUUCAAUCAUUAAUUUCUUCCCGUUAAGACUAAAUAUAUUUUUUUCUUCAUUGAUAGUGGGAGUAUUUAUCUUUGCCUGUUAAUACUAUGUUUUAACAAGAAAUAAUUAUUUUUAUAUGUUGCUUUUCUACUGUAAACCUAUUAAGUUUAAUAAACAAUCUUUAUGCA